AUGGCAGCGAGGGACCGCUUCGGUGCCUACGCUGACCCGGGCUUAACACCGCUACAGAGAGCUAUCCGAAAUGCCUGCGACCUGUCCCACUAUGAACCCAACCUCGCCCUGAAUCUUGAAGUGGCCGAUCUGAUAAACUCCAAGAAAGGCAAUGCACCUCGAGAAGCGGCUAUCGAGAUCGUCCAUCUGAUCAAUUCGCGCAACCAAAACGUGGCGCUACUGGCGUUGGCAUUGCUCGACAUUUGUGUGAAGAAUUGCGGUUACCCCUUUCAUCUUCAGAUCAGCACCAAGGAGUUCCUCAAUGAGCUGGUCCGUCGCUUCCCCGAGCGCCCGGCCAUACGGCCAUCGCGCGUGCAACACCGCAUCCUCGAGUCCAUUGAGGAGUGGCGACAGACGAUCUGUCAGACGUCGAGGUACAAGGAGGACCUAGGCCACAUUCGGGACAUGCACCGUCUGCUACUUUACAAGGGCUACGUGUUCCCGGAAAUUCGCCAUGAGGAUGCUGCGGUUCUGAAUCCCAGUGACAACCUUCGCUCGGCCGAAGAAAUGGAAGAGGAAGAGCGUGAGGCUCAAUCCGCUAAGCUGCAGGAGCUAAUCCGCAGAGGCACACCCGCCGACUUGCAAGAAGCCAACCGGUUGAUGAAGGUCAUGGCCGGUUACGACAACCGACACAAGACGGAUUAUCGGGCCAAGGCGGCAGAAGAGGUGGCCAAGGUGCAGCAAAAAGCCAAGAUAUUGGAGGAAAUGCUACAAAGCCACCAGCCGGGCGACCGAGUCGCUGAAGGGGACGUUUUCGAAGAACUGGCGAGUGCACUCCAAAGCGCCCAUCCCAAGAUCCAGAAGAUGUGCGAGGAGGAGUCGGAUGAUCCUGAGGCCGUACAGAAGCUGCUCGAGAUCAAUGACAGUAUACACCGCACGAUCGAGCGAUACAAGCUUGUCAAGAAGGGCGACUGGGAGGCGGCCUCCCAGAUCCCCAAGGGUACUCUGGGCACGACAACGGGCGUGUCGAAGAACGCUAAUAAUGAACUUUCCCUCAUCGACUUUGAUCCCGAACCCGCACCGAACGCCAACGGCAAUGGGGCCGUGGCUCCUACUGCUACUGGAGGUAACUCUUUGGAGAAUGACUUGUUGGGACUGUCAAUAGACGAGCCUGCUCCGGCUCAUGGUGGAAUCUUGCUGGGAUCUGCCCCUACGACGUCCGCGACGCCACCGAUGCCCCAAGCGUCCACUAGCUUCAGGCCCAAUUAUGACAUCUUCUCCUCGAUGAACACAUCUCAGUCGCCCUCACAGUCAUCCACGCCCGCCCCAGGUGGGCGGCCUCAGAGCAUCAUCUCUUCUCCCGCUACGGCAACCCCUUCUCCUGCUCUCGAUCCGUUUGCGUCCUUGGUGUCUGCUGGGUCGCGACAGGCCAGUCCUCUGCCCUCCGGCAAGGCCUCAAACUCUCAGCCGCCAGCAGGUUCUUUGCUGGACCUGAUGGGAAGCGAGCCUGCGCCACCAGCAAACAGCCGGACCAAGGCGCGAGAGGAGGACGAAUGGAAUUUCGCCUCAUCUCUGCCAGAAAGCAACGCGCUACCCAGCAUGAAUCGUGUGCAGGUGCUGAACUCGACCCUCCGAAUUGAAUUCAUGGCGCGCCGACAUCCCCAACAGACACAGCAGAUUCAUUUGGUAGCCCUGUUUUCCAACGGCUCUAACCAGCCACUGAGUGAAUUACACUUUCAAGUGGCCGUGGAGAAGUCAUACACACUGCAACUGCGGCCGCAGUCGGGACGGGACAUUGCACCCUCACAGGCGAACGGGGUGCAACAGGAAAUGUUAGUGGAUAGGGUUCCGAUGGGUAAAGGAAACGCGAUCAAGAUGCGGUUCCGCGUCUCGUACCGGGUGGGUAGCGAGCGCAAAGAAGAACAGGGCAUGGUCCCAUCAUUGGGAAUUGCCUAA